UAAUUGAUCCUCUUUGCCUUACAGUCAUUGUUUGUAAGACGUUGGGGAAGAAGAGCGCGAUACAAAUUUCAUAGCGCAAAUGUAAAACAUUCGCCAAUAGACAUUUAGAAGGUUUUCUAUAAUAUAUCAUGUCCAGCUGAUAUAUCCAGAUGCUGGGUAAGCGAGGAAGAUUCAGACGGAGUUACUCCCUGCUAUAUUGUAGCCAGUAAUAUUGUAAUCAGACUAGCAGUAAGGUUAUUGUAGCAACAUGAAGCCUCAGUCAAAAACUAACACAGGGAUCAAAAGGGAGACUUCAAUGUCAGCCCAAGCUCGCCCCUCGAAAACCGCUGGAGAGGGUGGGGUAUCGCUCUCUUUCCAGGACGAACUGGCGGCGACGAUCCACGGUGCGUUCGAAGUGGCUGUGGAAAUUGCCGUAUUAGAAGUCACUAAACUGGUAGGUCAAGCGCUCGGGGAUGUCCGCGAUCAGAUGCACGAAACCCUACGGGAAAACAAGUCUCUUAAACAACGCUUGCAAACAACCGAGCAAGAGUUGAAUGUUGCGCGUCAAUGUGUGGAAACAACGAGAGGUGUAAGUCCGCAGAGACAGUUGUCGACGAGUCCUCUCCACAACAACAACUUAGCAAAGACUCAAAAGCAGUCAAAGGACAACGAAUUAAAUAUAAAGUCCUCAUAUUCAUUGGACGAAUAUGGAUAUGAAAUUGUGGAGGCAGAGAUCAGUAGUGAACGACAGAAAGACCAUGGAUCUUUCAGUGAAAUCAGCGAGGAUGGUCGGGUGUGUUCCCAAGACUUACAUCCAGCUUCAAGAGGACAGUCUAUCCCUCAUCAUGACCUGCUUAAAGAAGUCAGGGAAGAGACCUCCAGUUUGUGUAUGGACCACAAGGCAAGUGUAGAAAGCAUCAGUCAUAGUGGCCUAGAAACAACAUUUGGAGAUAAUGACCCAUCACCACUUCACGUAGUGGCCCAGAGCCUUGAGAUGGAACAGGUCAGAGUGAAGGAGGAGAACGGUUCUGGCUCUGGUUCCAGCUCUGGUUCCAGUUUUGACUCGGUGGUAAAAGAAGACUUUGGUCCUGAUAGUCUGUCUCUGGUUCAGUCCAAGAUGUUAGAGGAGUGGAAACCAGACCCUUUGGACUUACAGUUCUCUGACUCUCUGCUUCCUGGAACCAGCCAUAGUCUGUCUCACCCUCAUAUGGGCAACACAGAGGUUCCACAACUGACUGCCCCAACAGCCAGUGCCCUUCCAGCCUUCUCCUCCCAGUUCCCCAACAACCUCUUCCAACCAGGGGAGGCAGCAGCUCCCAUCAUCCCUGCUGCCCCACCUCAGAUCUAUGGAGUCCAGAUCAGGACCAACCCUAAUCCCACCAUCCCCAACCCUAAUCCCACCAUCCCCAACCCUAAUCCCACCAUCCCCCACCCCAGCCACAUCUGCAAACUCUGUGGCCAGGGCUUCCACCAGCCCAGUGAGCUCCGUAGACACCACACCCAGACCCACCCCAAGCGUCAGGUCUUCCCCCCGGGCCAGAGCCCUUACCACUGCAGCGAGUGUGACCGGGAUUUCAACCGUCUGGAGAACCUGAAGACUCACCUGAGAAUCCACACUGGAGAGAGACCCUAUACCUGCUCGGUGUGCUCCAUGCGCUUUCGCCACUCGGGCGCGCUCACCAGGCAUUUCCGCAUACACACUGGGGAGAAGCCGUACGUCUGCGGUCAGUGUGGAAAGACAUUCCGGAACUGUGGUGGACUCCGGUUCCACCAGCGCUCCCAUAGUAGACAGGGACAGUGCUAGUGUAGCGAUUUUAAGGGGGGGGAACAGCUUUGUGGAUACAGCAGGGCAAGCUCAGUCACUACCUCCUUUGCCAUAAUGGUCCAGAACCCUUGGCACAGGCUGACGGUCUUUACCAAACCCUCCCAGAUUUCAAGAUUAAAACAUAUUAAACUUGGCCAGGCCUUAAAGGGGAAAUCUGCAGUCACCACAAAUGUUUCUUGUUUUAUCAAUUAAGGAUAUGUACCCAUUGAUUCUUGAAGAAUAUAACUUUUUGAACAUAGUUACAUUUUCGUACACCUCAAAAUAUAAUCUUGUUUUACUCCGAUGUUUGUAAACAAAGUUCAUGUAAACAAACAGUGAAUACCAUUGAAACAUGGUUAAACCUUUUAGUUUUGAUAUAAUGGACCAUCAGUCCUUGCAUCCAUAGCUCUAUGAAUUUGAGAGUGGUUACAUUUCUCCAGCUCCAUCCCUCAGCUCUUAAGGAAACAGUGGCGGGGAGUUCGCUUUGUUAUUGUUUUAACUGCUGAUUGCUGCUUUAACACCAACCGGGUCUGUCAUUUUUUUCCCCCUCUUGUUGUUUUCUACAAAUGUCUUAUACAAUGUGUGACUCAUUUUGUGACUAAAUUGCUCACUGUCAUGGCUCCCUAACCCCACUUCAUGGAAGAACCUCAUCGCAGUAAGGCAGCCACAGUGGUCCGGUAAUGAGUGUAUGGCUCUCCCUGCUGGGCUGGGGAACACACACACACACACACACACACAACGAUGUUAACUUACUUACGAUACACUACCUGAUAUAAUCCCAGUGUUUCUGUUAUAUGAAUGGGGUUGAAGAAACCCCCUGGACAGAUAUGCACUUACAGCCCCUCAUUGGGUGGUCACUUCACCACAUGCCCUGCUGAAAUAGAAAGACCUGAUUCGCUGUUGCUGGUGUAAAUAUUUCCAAUUGAAUUGCCAUGAUCUCAGUGGUUCCUGAUGAAAUACUGGUGUAUUGCCUUAGUUAAAAGCUAUCAACUUAAAAACACAAAGAGUAGUUCCUUAUCUCUAUCACAACUACCCUUCUCAGUUGUAAUGGCUCUUUUUGUGGCAUCGUCUCUCUAGAUAACCUCCCUGUAUGUCUUUUUGCAGUAUCUUUUCCAUGUUGCCUAAUUGGGAGUUCUCUUCUCCUAUUUGGUAGUGUCCCCAAUACCCGCGCCUCCAUCACUGCCGAUUGACACAUAUCCGUCACCGCCUGUCCCCUCCCUCCUCGUCCCAUUGGUCUUAUUAAAACCCUUCUCCUCCCUCUUCGUCCCAUUGGUCUUAUUAAAACCCUUCUCCUCCUUCCUCGUCCCAUUUGGUCUUAUUAAAAGUCCUCUCCUCCCUCCUCUGGAUCACUUUCGUCCACCUGAUCCCUCGUUCCAAAGACCUAAGGAUGGACUGGAGCGCUUACGAGGUAGACCCCCUGGAUGUACCUCCUCUCACCCCCACCAGUAAGGAGGUCCUGAGCCAGGCGAUAAGGGCCACUUUCGCUGGCUUCGCCCAGGAGAGCAGCCGUAUGCACUUCCCACAAGACCCUAAACUGUGGUCAGAUUGGGAGGUGAACCACUGGUUAGACUGGUGCCAGGCUGAGUUCGGCCUCCAAAGCCUGGGCUCGGAUUGGAGAGGGCUGCCUGGGAGUGAGCUCUGUACCCUGGACAGAGAGGCCUUCCUGGACCUGAGCUCUGACUACACAGCGGGAGAGAUCCUCUGGGAACAUCUGGAAACUAUGCGCAGAGAUUGUGAAUAUGAUCAUGGUUCUUCUCCAGUCCUUUGCACGUUGAAUUCUCUCUGCCAGUCGCAAACGAACCGAGACAGUUACGUGGACCAUGUGCAGCUCAUGGACAAGCAGAAUCACCAUGGUCAGUUCUCCCAUCUCCCAACAGAACCCCCACAGCUUCUGACCCUUGACACUGUGCGAUAUCAGGACUACCACCGGGUCAUACAGGAAGGACCAUACAGAAACCACCUGUCCUCUGUCCCUCUGCUCCGAGACCUUGACAGGACAGAUUGUGAUUCUGAGUUUGGGACCCUGCAUUAUGAGGACACGGACAUCACCGCUUCCCUGUCCUUGACUAGGCCAAUGCAGGAUUUAGACAAGGGUGUGGAAGAGUCCAUCUCUGAGGACCCCUUCAAUUUGCCACCCCUACACAGGAGCUUCAAAGAGGUUAUAGGGGACAAGACUGAUCUGGGUAGAGCUGUGGUUCCGGCAGGCAUUCUGUCUGCUUAUACUGGCAGCGGUCCCAUUCAGCUGUGGCAGUUUCUAUUGGAGCUCCUCAUUGACCGCAGCUGUCAAUCAUUCAUAAUUUGGACAGGGGAUGGAUGGGAGUUUAAACUGACAGAUCCUGAUGAGGUGGCCCAGCUAUGGGGCCGGAGGAAGAACAAGCCUAAGAUGAACUACGAGAAGCUGAGUCGAGGCCUGCGCUACUACUACGACAAGAACAUCAUCCACAAGAACGCUGGCAAGCGCUACGUCUACCGCUUCGUCUGUGACCUGCAAGGCCUGCUGGGAUACGAACCCUGGGAACUGCACGCCAUGUUGGAUAUCACGGCCAAAGACGGACAUGAGUGAAAGCGAGGAAUUGGCCGUUUCCUUUAUUCCUCGACCACUUCUAAAAACGCAUUGGAGGAGAAGGUCCGAGGGGAGGAACCGUAGAGAGGAAUGGGAGGAGCCUCAGAUCUUCUCCUUCAGUGAGUUUUGAGGAGGUUGAAGGAUCAAGGAAAUACUUUUGAGAUUCACCUUAUGGUGCAGACGGCGAAGGGUCAAGAGACAGAGACUGUGUUUACAAAAACUUAACCUCCUUAUCAUUUGGUCAUAUGGCAAUCAUUUCUUUGAUCAUGGUCAACUGAAUCAUGAUUGUGGGUAAGCUGUGGGGCUUGUAUGUUUAUAUGUAGUAUGUAUAUAUUCAAUAUAAUUAUUGAAUAUAUGAGAAGAGAAACAUUUUUGUUUAAAUUGUUGUUUAUACAGUGCCUUCAGGAAGUAUUCGUCCCCUUGACUUUUCCCACAUUUUGUUGGUUUACAAGGUGGGUUAAAAACAUUUUGGUCAAUGAUUUACACUAAAUUACUCUGUAAUGUCAAAGUAGAAGAAAUGUUCUAACAUUUGUACAAAAAAUAAUAUGAAAAAUAAAACCCAUAUCUUGAUUACUUAACUAUUCAACCCCUUAAGUUAGA